UCCAAAUUUACCUCUGGGAGAAAGCCUGUGUGAGAGACAGGAUAAUGUGGCAGGGAGCCUCAGGUGCAGCUGGGAGGGGAGGAGGCAGGGCGAUGAGCGAGAAGCUGAGCGAGAGGGAACGAGAAAAGAGGGAGGGUUUUUUUCUGUGUGUGUGUGUGUGUGUGGAAAGAGAGAGAGAGAGAGAGAGAGAGACUUGAGUGUGCAAGCUGGAGGGAUUGUGUGGCGAGGGAGGGAGGGAAGUGUAAGCCAGUCACAGCAUCUCUCCUCACUGCACCAGGGCUGAGGGACUCUUCAUCCCCUCGUUUCCCUCGCUGCAGAUUUAACUCAUUUCCAUCAGCGCAGUCAUCUUUUUUUUUUCUUUUUCUUUCUGCAUUUUACUUGCCGCUUUGGACAGAUGCAUUGCAUUCACCUCUAUCUGAACGCCAGGAUCUACGGAUUUAUCUGUUGAAAAAACGUGGGCUGUCCCGUUUAUCUGAAGUAAAAAGGGGCCAGUUGCAGAGGAGAGUGCUGAGAACUGGGGCUCCGUCUGGGACUUGGUCUUUUCCGUAUGCUGCGUGUGCAUUCCUCUUUUGUUGCGCUGCCGGUGUUUCGAUCAGGGCGACAGUCAACACUGAGAAAGGCUGUAGGACCCCGUUAACGGCUGCAACUUCACAGAAGGCGCACUUGAAAGGAUAGGCAAGUUUGGAAAAUCUGGCGGAGGAGAUGCUAAGCCCUGCCGAGCACUGCCGCCGCUUCAGGAUGUCACAAUGAAAAUGCAAUUAACAAGUUCAAGGGAUAAAUAAGUGGAUUGCUGAUUGAUCCCCAAACCCCUCUCUGCAAGUGUCUGCCACAGGAUUGCUGAGGAGUCCAAAGUGAGUGGAGCACUGAGUUAUUCAGCUGGCCUCUCACUGCUCCUGGAGAGUCCUUUCACGUGCCUGCAUGGGAGUCUGACAUUCAACACUUACAUCAGCUACCGGACUUUAUACGUCUUUGUCUUUUUUUUUUUGCAACUUGCAGUCCAGAAUACUGAGAGGCAAGUGUGCGCUUUUGGAUUUCAACUUUUAUUGGCAAAACUCAUGCAGACAUUUCGUCGUGCUUAGUUUUUCUACUUCAUACUGUCGAGGGAUGCCUUGUAAACACAUUUUCCCCCCACCGCCAUGUGUGCUGAGAGAGCUGUGACAUUAUCUCCUGCGGAGAUCCCCGUGUUGUUCUAGCCCGUGUCUGUGUUUUGAUUCAGACAAUAGCUGGGCAUACAUGGGCUCCAGACACUGAGCAGAGGACCACCAAAAUAAGGGAAGCCUGCUGUGACACAGUAAACACAUGAGCAACCAUGGACGAGUAAAACUUUGGAUCGUUUCGGAGGACAGAUUCACAGACAUGGAUGUAAUCUCACACGAAGAAAUACUCCUUUUUGAGACGCUUUUUUUAAUUCACGCAAUGGUCACCUAAAAUGCGUUUUUGAGAGGUACAGUAACUUCACCCGGUGAAUUCAAUCCCUUCUCUAGCUGUGAGGUAGGAGCCAUACGCUGCUGACUUAUUUGAUUUUCUCUGAGGAUUUUGCCAGGUGAGUGGAGCGUUUUACUUCGCUUCACGCUUCAACCUUGUGCGGUUUCCUCUCUCACAUCUUCUGUGCUCUCUGCCCUUGCGAGGACAGCAUAUGCCCCCAGCCUCCUGGUGGCAGCUCUCGUUGGAAUCGGGCGAUGAGGCCACAGAUUGGAGGCGAAGCAGCAGGGAAGCUCGCCUUUGGGACAGAUGCUGGCCGCAACACUGAUGCUACCCUGCUUUAGUUUUACUGAAGGAAUACUGCUUUCCUUCCCCCCUCUCUGCUCCUGACUGUUACCCACCCACUACUUUCGCUAACCAUGUGCGAUUGGAAAGGAGAGCUGUACGGGUUGUCCUACUCUCCCAGAGGCUGUAUUGAUUUUCCUCCAGUCAGUGUUCAUUUGAUUGAGACCCAGCUAUGCGAGAGUAAGGUGAAAAAGAGUAUGAGUCUGCUAGAGAGAGUAUUGAGCUUUGACUGAGGGAGGCUGCAGACGCCCGGUGAACAACGGGAGGCAGACGGACAAUUCUCUGGUUUCAGGCCAGCUGCCUUAUGGGUGGCACAACACAAAUCUGACCCACCUGGACGGCACCCAGAACAAUGAACCAGUCUGAACUGACAACAGACCUGAUGCUCACUGCCAACAGCAGCCACGGAGACUUCUUUCCUGGCAGGGCCUCCAAUCACUCCUGUCCCUUGGGCUGGGGGCUGAACGAAGGCAUAGAGGCUUGUGUCCUGGAGACUGCCGUCAUUGUCCUUCUGACCGUGCUUAUUAUUGCAGGGAACCUGACGGUCAUCUUUGUGUUCCACUGUGCCCCGCUGCUGCACCACUACACCACCAGCUACUUCAUCCAGACGAUGGCCUAUGCCGACCUGCUGGUGGGUCUGAGCUGCCUGGUGCCCACCCUCUCUCUGCUCCACUACCCAGCCGGUGUCCAGGAGCCAAUCACAUGCCAGGUUUUCAGUUAUGUCAUCUCUGUUCUGAAGAGCGUGUCAAUGGCCUGCUUGGCCUGUAUCAGCGUGGACCGCUACCUGGCCAUAACUAAACCACUAUCCUACAACCAGCUGGUGACACCCUGCCGGCUGCGAGGCUGCAUCACCCUCAUCUGGGUCUACUCUAGUCUGGUUUUCUUGCCUUCGUUUUUCGGUUGGGGUAAGCCAGGAUAUCACGGGGACAUUUUCGAGUGGUGUGCUCAUUCUUGGCCCACCUCUGCCCUCUUUACUGGGUUCGUGGUGUGCUUGCUCUAUGCGCCUGCUGCACUUGUGGUGUGUUUCACCUAUUACCAUAUUUUUCGCAUUUGCCAGCAACACAACAGGGAGAUAAGUGAACGGCGGGCACGUUUCCCCAGCCAGGAGAUGGAAACCGGCGAGGGGAGCGGUGGCGGGCAUCAGGGGGGUCAUGGGCCGGACCGGCGCUAUGCGAUGGUGCUCUUCCGCAUCACCAGUGUUUUCUACAUGCUUUGGUUACCCUACAUAAUUUACUUUUUGCUAGAAAGCUCCCACGUUCUAGAUAGCCCUGCCCUCUCCUUCAUCACCACCUGGCUGGCCAUUAGCAACAGCUUUUGCAACUGUGUCAUCUACAGCCUGUCUAAUAGUGUGUUCCGCCUAGGCAUGCGUAGGCUGUCGCAGACUAUGUGUUCCUUCAGCCACUGUGCUGCAGAUGACCGGGACUUCGGGGAGCCUAAACCAAGAAAGAGGGCAAACUCGUGCUCCAUCUAAGUGGAUAACUUUUACACUGGAUCAGGAUACACAUGGAACUUAUCAACCAGAGACAUUAAUUUUAACAAGAUUAGCAGCAGGUUAACUUGCAGUUGAACAAGCAACGGAAGUGAGCUUUUGUUGUACCAGCUUUGCUGCUGACCCACGUGACAUUGCCUUGGUCAAAAUGAACUGUUUUAUCGUACUGUAAGCUUUUCAAGGAGAUGGGUGCCGUAUCUAAGAAAGGGAUUUAAUGAGGAAUCUGAGGGCUCUCUGGGACAGUGGAGGUUUUCUCAACCUUUACAUCUCACCGUAUGUCAGCAGCCAGGUCAGACCUGGCGAGAAAACAAACACUGUAAAUUCCAAAAGAUUCUCAAAUGCUUCUGCAUCAAAUGUGACCACACUAUUUCAUGCCUGUUAAAUUUAGUUUGUGAUUGUGGAUUGGAUCAGUCUUUUACUAGAUGUCUUCUUCAUUCUUUUUAUGACUGUAGGUACAACAUGAUCUAAACGUACUUCUUUGCUCAUAAAGGUUAUGUAAACCCAUGUUAGAAUUUAAUCUAUAUAAACAGACACACAGCGUCAAUGACAACCCACAUUAUGCUGCUGAUAAAUAACAGAUGGUAUGCGGCCUUGACUGUUUUUCCAUAGGAACAAGAGCGAUCCUUUUCUGCUCUUCUUCUAUUAUAGGAAGGAGAAUCGUAGUUGUGCUGUUGGGUGACCUUACGCUUUUUUAUGAAUCGAAUUGAUUGGCCACACACUUAAAAGCUGGUUCAGAUUUGAAUGAAGUUGCUUAGACAGACACCAAGCAUUCCUAAAAGGUAAAAACAGUAGCCAGGGAAGGUCAAACUAAUGUUAAAGUUAAAAUAACUAUAACAACCACGUUAAGUCAACCAUUUGCUUGCCUUAAAAUGGUGACUAAUAUUUAAUGAUGUGCACAGUCAAAUUUCCAUAUCCGACACAUUGCCUGCUGCAGCACAGCGAACCAUUUUUAACAGAUGACUCGCACCUUCCACCAAUUUAAAUGUCAUCUGAAUAUAGCUGAUGAACGUUUCACCUAUACCGAAAAGCACCUUAUUGUCACAGUUCAGACCGAGGCUGUGUUUGGCUCCACCUGGUUUGAUCUGAGACCUCUGUAUUGAGGGCAGGGAACUGAUGCUGUCAGCACAUAACUACCCUGUUUUUUCCCAAGGUCCCCCUUUUGCACUUAAAAAAUAGCCCGUCAGCAGCACCAGGGUUCCCAACACUGGUUUGGCAUUCCAGUGGCUGUGUGCAAAAAUGUGUAGCUCAAAUCUUGCUGCACGAGUGCUGCAUGACAGCCAUUUCUUACUUGCAAAUAAAUAUCAUUCUCUUCUUGGAUAUGGAGGAUAGUGAUUAUAGGCUCAUGAACACACAAUAAUAGCUAUUAAACUAAAACACCGCUACCAUAUUGCAAAUACGAAAUUUAAUUCAUGACAUAAACUUCUUAGCUCCAUCUCCUGGACAUUUCUUUCAACCCGCCCACACAUGUGUAUCGGUAUGGAAAGUGAGAACACUGUAAACCUGAAGAUGUCACCACGUGUCAGGUACUUCAGGUGACAGUUAUCUGUGUUGAAGAUAAUAGCGGAUUUUAUUACCCAGCAGCACUGGGCGGGGGCUCAGAUUAAUGUGAUCUGAUCUGUCUCGAGGUUGCUGAGAGGUUAGAAUUUAACAUCUGAAAUUACAUGCUCGGUUGUGUAAGCGUUUAAGGCUAUCACUAGCUUAUCUUGUCCUCAUUUGUUGAACUACUGUUCGGACAACGAUGCUCUUUUAAUUCCUCCCAUUUCUUUCAUUUUAUUGCUUUCUUCUCAUGAGAACUUGAAAAUUGACUAAUCGGCGCUUUUGUGAAUAAACCCAGUGCUUAAUUUGCAUUUCUCGCACGGUAAACCUGUAAAGUUAGGAGAAAAGAAACUAAACCAGUAUGCCAAGCAGCAGAUGACUGUUGAUGACUGUGCAAAGCAUAGGUAUUAGAAGUAGAGUCUUUGAUGGAUUGUUUGUGGGGUUUUUAUUGCAGAUGGGUAAUAAACCUCAUUCUGUAUUUUUACUAUGCUCUCCCAAACUUGUUGACUGUUCCCUAAUCUUGGAAAUUUGCUGUAUAAAUGCAGAUGAUGCGUGUCUUUAAAGCUACCUGCAGACUGUCCUUGGCUUCGACACAGAAGUACGGUCAUUCCAGUCGAUUUACCUUUAACGGUGUACAUUCCGCUGAUCAUUUGAUCGGUGUCAAAGGAAAAUGAUAUCGCAUUAAAACAGCCACGUCCUGUAGCUAAUUCCAGUUUCCCCCGUUGCUCAUGUAGUAGUGUUUGUGGUUUAGGCCUCUUGCUUCUAGUGUAUAUUUGUCCCUGCAAGACACCGAGCGACACAGCGAACGCGACCCCUUUGAUAUUGUAACUGUCGUCCCAUUCUAUGCUGCUUAACAAUACCCCACUGUAAGUCAUUCCUCAUUUUAAAGCUGCAUUAAGUGAUUUUUGACCUUUGGAGCUGGAGGAUUUGCUUAUUAUUAUUAGUUUGUGAUACGUUGGCGAAUAAUUUCCAGCUUCGAGUAAAAACUGUAUGAGCGUCCCAGUCGAGUCUUUCUGGCCACCUGAUGAAUGUACGUACGGUAUUGUUUUAAAAAGACAAGAUUUGGAAAACCAGCAUUGCCAAAAUAUGUCUCUUAUUUGGUUUAUCUGUAUUUCUGACAGUUUUGCAUGAGGCAAGCAGCUUGAUGGGUUUGAUAUUGUCAUGUACUGGUAGGGACUUCCCAUGGUUUACACAGUAAGUCCUGGCAUAGUAUUUUAUUUUUUUGCGCACAAACCUUACAACGCUACAGACGUGAGCAAUGACACCAUCAUCAUUCACAGUCAAGAUUUGGGUAUAUUAGUACAAAAAGUAUUACUUUAUGCAGCUUUAAUGUGUUACAGAUUGUUCUGUAUAUGUGCCUGAAGAUGUAUUUUCUAGGGAAAGUUGGGGG